UUGCAGGAAGAUGGAAUUUACUGCGCCAAUUGUUUCUCGUGCUGUAACACUAUUUGGCAGCGGAAGAAGAGGGGAAGGUUUUUGGCCGUAGAAUCGGUGUUGCCAUCAAACGGAGACUGGCUUGGCACAGGGGACAAACGGGAGACGAAAAUAUCCUUCAUAUCUUGCUAUAAUUUCACAAUAAAGCGGGUCUUCGCAGAGAGCUGAUGUGACCGUCAUCCCUGAACAGAGACAUCCGCCUGCUCCGAAGUCAGUCCUCAACCAUCCGUGGACAAUCUGGGUUGAAUACCAAAAUUCGUCCCUAUCCCUUUAUUCUGCUUUCACUGGGUAUCAUAGAUAGACGCUUUCCUUUUUAACUCCCUCCCUCCCACUGGGCAAAAACUGGUUGAAUAAAAGUUGUUUCCACAUCAUUUCAACCCCAAAAAACAAUAUGUUGACGUUGAAUCAACGUGGAAAACUGAUUGGAUAUGCAAAAGGUCAUCAACAUAAGGGCAUUUUGUAAUUUUUUCACUCAACUUUUAACCUAAAUCCAAUGACAUGGUGACAUUUUUUGUUGGUUUCAUGUUAGUUGACCACUCAACCAAAUGCAAAUCAAAACUAGAUGUUGAACUGACAUCUGUGCCCAGUGGGCAGUUUCCAUUUUCUGAAUUGGUUGCCAUAUAGAUUUUCACUUUCUCACUUCCUCUGACUGGACCCACUGGAUUCUAUUAAGAUUUAUUCCCUGGCUGUUUUCCAUCUCUCUGGGCUAUUACAUAAAUCAUUAAUGUUUUCAUUACAUUCAUAUUUUUAUACCCCAGACUUGGUACCAUAGAUAUUUUCACCCUAGUCUGGCAGCUCGGCUGCUCCCCUAUAUGCUGAUGAAUGAAGACCCAAUUCAGGAAGAGCGCGCCGGGCCAGCGAUCCAGAGCUGAUGCAGGGCACUCAGGUGUUUCUGCAAAUAUGAAGAAAAAGAACUCCCACAAGAAACAAAAGAACAGCAUGGGCCCCAACAAGGCAGUGUCGUCGGCGCCACGGCGGAACAUGGUGGGCUGUCGUAUCCAGCACAUCUGGAAGGAGGGGAGUGCUACGUCUCAGUCGCAGUGGAAAGGCACGGUGCUGGACCAGGUGCCCGUCAACCCCUCGCUCUACCUCAUCAAGUACGACGGCUUCGACUGUGUCUACGGCCUGGAGCUGCAUAAAGAUGAGAGGGUACAGGGCCUCGAGGUGCUCCCUGACCGUCAAUCCUCUACGCGCAUCAGCGACGUCAACCUGGCUGACACGAUGAUAGGGAAGGCAGUGGAGCACAUGUUUGAGACGGAGGACGGAACUAAAGACGAGUGGAGGGGCAUGGUUCUGGCCCGGGCACCCAUCAUGAAUACCUGGUUCUUUAUCACCUACGAGAAAGACCCCGUCCUGUACAUGUACCAGCUCCUAGACGACUACAAGGAGGGAGACCUGAGGAUCAUGCCUGACUCAAAUGACGCUACGCCUGCGGAGCGGGAGCCGGGGGAGGUGGUGGACAGUCUGGUGGGGAAACAGGUUGAGUACGCUAAAGAGGACGGCUCCAAACGAACUGGCAUGGUCAUCCACCAGGUGGAGGCCAAACCCUCCGUAUACUUCAUCAAGUUCGACGACGACUUCCACAUCUACGUCUACGACCUGGUCAAGACCUCCUAAGGGCCACCUUUGACCUCUGAGCCCUUUUCACACUACUGAGCCGAAUCGAGCAGUGCUGGUCUGUUUACGUGUCCAUCCACCAUUGCUGAAAAGGACUGUGGGAAAAAUAUUUCAUAGAGAGCCAGUAUAGCCUGGUUCGGGUCAGCACGGUAGUGUGAAAAGGCUACUGGGUCACUGGGCCCAGAGGACAGGAGGGCUGUCUGGGGAGUUAACGAUGGAUGCGGAGGUUGUGGGGAAACACUACCAUGCAGGAAAGACGAUCAACCACCACCAUCACCACAUGGAACCUUAUCUUAUCCACCAAUUUUCCCAAAAUAUCUCUUCAACGUUUCAUGCAAAUACUUCUUUGAGAUGUGACAGACGGACAACUGGAUUGGAUAUUUCACUGAAGCCUUUGGAUUUCUACUCAUGAAACAUCUCUGAUAGCUCUAGUCAGAGAAGAAAAAGGGGGGACUGUGCAUCUGAAUUAGUGGCCACAAUUUGUUUCGUCAGCUGUCUAUCCCCUGUAGUUGAGUGAUCCUAUGGAUACAUCCCAUCAAUCUCUAAGGGAAAGGACAGGGAAAAGAUAACAAGCCUUAUAUUUGCACACUGCAUAUAAAGUUAGUUGGCAUCUCAUUCGAUUAUUAUCAGUGAUUUGAUGACCAAACCAGUCACAGCAAUGUAUCUCCUAUACAGUAUAUCACAAAAGUGAGUACACCCCUCACAUUUUUGUAAAUAUUUGAGCAAAUCUUUUCAUGUGACAACAC